CGGGGCGGUGCUCGGCGGGCGCAGGCUCAGGCUCGGCGUGGCGGCAGGCGCGGCCCCGGCAGCGGCAGCAGCAGCAGCCGGCGGGCGCCAUGGGGCGUUAGCGCAGCCGGUGCCCUCGCUGUGCCGUAGGAAGGAGCCGCUGCAGCCGCCGGGUGCCUGCCGAGCCGUUCCUCCGCCCCGCUCCCUCGCCGCCCGGAGCCCCAUGAGCCUGAACGAGCACUCGAUGCAGGCGCUGUCCUGGCGGAAGCUCUACCUGAGCCGUGCCAAGCUGAAAGCCUCCAGCCGCACCUCCGCGCUGCUCUCCGGCUUCGCCAUGGUGGCUAUGGUGGAAGUGCAACUAGAUGCAGACCAUGACUACCCACGAGGUCUCUUGAUAGCCUUCAGUGCCUGUACUACUGUCCUUGUUGCAGUUCACCUUUUUGCACUCAUGAUAAGUACCUGCAUUCUUCCAAACAUAGAGGCCGUUAGCAAUGUGCAUAAUCUCAACUCUGUAAAGGAAUCUCCUCACGAGCGUAUGCACCGGCACAUUGAGCUUGCCUGGGCGUUUUCUACUGUCAUUGGGACUUUGCUCUUUCUUGCAGAGGUGGUGUUACUGUGUUGGGUGAAGUUCCUUCCCUUAAAGAAGAACCCUAGUGGUCCGUCCCAGAACAGCAGCUCCACCAUCACAUCAGGACAGGCAGCAGCCAUUGCAUCAACGUCUAUCAUGGUUCCCUUUGGACUGAUCUUCAUUGUGUUUGCCGUCCACUUCUACAGGUCACUGGUCAGCCAUAAAACAGACAGGCAAUUUCAGGAACUGAAUGAACUUGCUGAAUUUGCACGGCUCCAGGAUCAGCUGGAUCACAGAGGUGAUGCCAUCUCCCCAGCUGUUACCCAUUUUGCAUAAACCUGUACUUAAAGAAAAUAAACCCACUAUCUUGCUUCUGCCUUUUAUGUUGACUCUCCCAUGCAUGAACUGGUCAAACUGUUGAUUUUCCUUUAAAGAGAAGGCUUAUAAAUGUCGUUUGAACUUUAUGACAAGAACAUUUAUUUUUUUUUUCUCCAUGAUCUGUUGGAUCGCUGACACCUGAAGGAACGGAUGGCGGGGUACGCUUGCACCGCACGCGCAUCCCUCCUCUUCUGAGCACUCUGGUCUGUUUCUUGUUAGUGCUGAAUGGUGGCUUUAGAAAUACGUGCAGAGCGACGCUGUAAAUCUGGGUAUUUGUUAGGGAUGGAUAGAGAAUCUUUUUUCCUCUUUAUUUGAUGUUGGCAUUUAGUAGAAGAUAUUGCUUGUCCAAUCCAUGUUGCAUGGCAUGAUACAAAUUACUUGGGAUAUGCAGCAAUUAGCACUCGGUUUCAGUGCUAGCGCUGUUCUCUCUGGAAAGCCUGACAGAUGGUAGAAGUGAAAGCUUUCCCACCACCUUCCCCAGUAUGUUUUGCUGCCAAGUAAUUAAUACUUCACUGAUUUCUCCAGCGCCUUUUCCUAUGGCAGUUACACAUUUUAUAACUUGCUAAACACCCAUGACUAGUCCUACUGCGAUGUGGUAUGGCCACAUAAGUAGGAAUGAGACUACUAUACUCUUCUUUGGAAGAAAAGCAAUAACUGUUCUAAAGUUCUCGUGAGCUGGCACGUAUUGUAUUAUCUGAAGAGAUAGAAUUGCCUGUUUUCCAUUUAGGAAUCUUUUUUUAAAAAAAGGAGGAACUAGAUGGAAAUGAUCACUGGAUAAAUUUUGCUUGAAAAUCAGAACCACUGCUGUUUUUUCCAAGCCAAAGUAGUAAUUAUUUUAUACUUUUAUAUAAAAAUAUAUAUUUUUAAAUAAAUCCUCAGACACAAGCAGCAAAAGGUGCUUUCUCUGCAUUGGAUUCCCAAGUAAUUAGCUAUGCCUUGGUCUUCCUUGUUUAGAAAAAGUCUUCUGCUUGCUGAAGUGUUGUAUGUAACAACUUCAUACAUUUUAAUUUUUUUUUUUGCUUCCAAAGGAUCUGGAAGACUAAUUCUCUUUAUGUCAAUUUAUUUAUGAAAGUAGAUUAUUUGUAAUUAACAUUGCUGCUUACUUUCAGACGUGCAUCUGUGAUAGGCUACAGUGUCAUUUUUCUGUUUUCUUCCUUAUGAGGCCAAAUGGAAGCUUUUGCUUCUUAGGUAAGAGGUGUGUCCAAGAAAGAUGCAGCAGCUGUGCUGCUUCAGUAAUUCCAGCUAUGUCUGGAAGUGGAUUUUCUGGAAUGCAGUUCUUGUAUGGAGAAGCUUUGGGCUUUAAUGGGUAAAAGCACUGAGUAAAAGCCUUUUUUUUUUUUUUUUCUUUAAAGACAAACAGGUUUCAAAUAUAUUGGAACAAAACUUGACCCCAUACUGUAGCUAACACUGUGGAAUAUAAACCUGUGGUGUUUUUUGUUUUUUUUUGUUUUGUUUUGUUUUUUUUUAAACCCAAAUGGGUUAGAGGGAGCUGUACCUGACUGAGCCUGGGCUGGAUGUGGUCUCUUAUAUCCAACCUCCAUCUCAGGUUAUCCCGAUGUACUUACAAACCAUGGGAUGUGUCAACAGGGUGGGUGGCAGAGUGUGGUGUUUACCAGGGAAGCAGCCCACUGAAGCGAUGGGGACUGAUCCCUCAUGUCAGCACUGCUGCAGUGUGAAGUGUUGACAAGGCUACCCGCGGUUCGUUUUGUGUUCUGAAAACUAACCAUUAAAAAAGGACUUGGCGUUUUUUCAGCAGUUUUCUUGCUGGGUUACUCUCUGUCCACACGCAGAAAACAACUUUCCACGUGCUGAUUUCACGAGUCCUCCUGGCAUACAGGAGCCAGGCAGGAUUUUUGUAGCUCUGCCAAUAUUUUGUGUUUCAGGUAUAAAUAUUCUUUUACUGGUGUAAAUCUGAUGGUGAGAAUUGUGACUAGAGUUCCUCAGGUAUUCAUUCAUGGAGCACUGAGAAGAUUAAAUAGUAAAGGCAUUAAAUGCAACAGCAUUCCAAAACAUGAAAUCUUCGCAAUAGGCACAAAAUGUAUUGGCCCAUCCUUCCAUGAAAUAGCAGUCCCAUAUUGGGAAGGGAGACUCAGUAAAGGAAGCAGAUCUGACUCAAUAUUCAUACUAGAACAAAUGGUCAAAAGGGUGCUGUCAGGCUGAGACAAUACACUUCUGUCUGUAAGUUAUGUAUUUUAAAGUUCUAACAUUAUUUUGAAUGUAAGUCCAGAAAAUGUUUUCCAAGCUUAUUUUGUAAAAUUAUUUUCUGUCCUUGAUAAGUUGCUGAGUUUCUUUUUAUCUUGCAGAUCUUUUUAAAAGUGACAGGGAAGUGUUUAGGAAAUGCAAAAUUAAAAACUUAAUUUUUCUCAUGAUGUAAGUUUUGAGCUAAUGGAGCUGUUACAACAGCUGCUUUUCUAUUUUCUGCACUUCAAUUUCUGAUAUCAAGUGUGUUUCUCUCAUUUUCCAGCUCUGGAAAUGGUCAUGAAAGUCAUACCUUGGGCACUCUCUCAUAACUGUGUGCCAGAGGUAGUAACCAGACCCAACCGCGUGGCUCUAAAUGUUAAAGAGUGCACAUAAAGUUUUGGUUUUAUUUA